GGGACACGCAGAACAUGAAGCACGAGAACCUACGCUACACACUACACUACAUAUUUGCACCGUUGCUUGUGUCCAGAGACCCGCGCACCUAAACCUGCACCAAGAAGAACCGAAACCUUGCUCCAGAUCCUUCACUAAUUCCUUAGGCCCCAGCAUCGAUCUCCGGAGUGCCAUUCAUGGCGCAAUGCGGCGGCGGCGGCACGUUGUCGCGGAGGUUGCACCAGGAGACCGUCGAGAGCCUCUGCCAGGGGCUGCUCGACCUCGACGACGACAAGUUCGGCGCAAUGUGCAGCGCGUUUGGCUACCUCCAGGAGUGGCCGGACCUGAGCACCACGUGCAACGCCACGAAUCUCGGCGCGCCCAACCCGGCGGCAAAGGAGGCCGGCAACGGCAACGACUCCUCUUGCUGCGGCGGCGGCGGCAGGAAGAGAAGACCGGGAGUUUAUUUCAACGCAAAGGACGAUGGCAGCGACAUGUGCAAGAGACCGAGAGGGAAGCAGCAGCUGUGUGAUCUCGGUCAGAUCGCAGGGUCAGGGAAAGGGAAGCAGGAGAUGCCCAAGGCAGGCAACAAGAAGAAGGCAGAGGUGGCGUCGUCGUCGACCGCCGGCCAGAAGACGGACUACAUCCACGUCCGGGCCCGCCGCGGCCAGGCCACGGACAGCCACAGCCUCGCCGAGCGGGUGAGGAGGGAGAGGAUCAGCGAGAGGAUGAGGUACCUGCAGGAGCUGGUGCCCGGGUGCAGCAAGGUCACCGGCAAGGCCGGCAUGCUUGACGAGAUCAUCAACUACGUGCAGUCCCUGCAGAAGCAAGUCGAGUUCCUGUCCAUGAAGAUCGCCGCUUCCAACCCGGUGGUGAGCUUCGACAUCAUCGAGGACCUCUUCGGUAGGCAGCUGAAGCAGGCGUGCAACCCAGCAGCUCUGACUGCGAUGGCGCUGCCGGUCGGGCAGCUGGAGCCGUCCUGCCUUCAGAUGAGCUCCAUGCAGCAGGUGCACCCGUCUGCAGGCUCCCCUGGCUUUGGGCUGGAGAUGCUCGUCAACAACCCGUACCCGCCGGCGCCGGGCAGGCCGGUGCCGGCGGCGGCAGGCUCGCCGAUCGAGUCUUGCCUCAACGUGAAUGGAUCUGCUGCUGCUGCCUGGGACAUUGGCUCCCAGAAUUUGUUCAGUGGAUUUGAUGGACAAUUUCAGUCAGUAGAAAGUGAGUGACUGUUUUCUUGAAGGCCAAGCUUGCAGUUACUCUGCCUCAUGUGAAAUGAAAGAACAUAGCAGUAGUUAGAUCAGGGUACAAUAAACACUCCCUAAUUGAUAAACUGGCAGCAU